AUGGAGAACAAGGGCCUUCCUCUUCUGCCCUCUUCCCUGGAAGAAUUGGAGCUGAAAGCACAUCAAAGACACUUGGAGAGUUCCUUGUGCCAAAAGGAUCUGGAAGUGAAAUCCGUGCCUGGGACCUGUUCAGAAGCAGCGCCCUUUUGCUUUGACCAGCGCACUUCCAAAGUUUAUUUUGGGAAACGCCUUCCAGCCGAGGGGCGGGGCGUGAGCGCGAGACAGCCAAUCAGAGAGCGGCCCCGAGGCUCGGGGGCGGGGCCUCGGGGAGCGGCGGCGGCUGCUGGCUGGGUCCGAGCAUCCCGCCGCUCCAGCCCCGUCCGAGCCGGCUCGGCGAUGGCGCCCGCGCGGGCCUCCCUGCUGCUGCCGCCGCUGCUGCUGCUGGCCGCGGCGAGGGCGGCGGGCGUGGCAGGGGCGCUGGCCCCGGGCAGCGCUGGUGCUUUGUGUUGUAGUCAUUCAAAAGAUAAUCAGAUGUGCCGCGAUGUGUGUGAACAGAUAUUUUCUUCAAAAAGUGAAUCCCAACUAAAGCAUCUGCUGCAGCGAGCUCCAGAUUACUGCCCUGAGUCAAUGGUGGAAAUUUGGAGUUGUAUGAAUUCUUCUUUGUCAGGUGUAUUUAAGAAGUCCGAUGGCUGGGUUGGCUUAGGCUGCUGUGAGCUGGCUAUUACCUUGGAGUGCCGACAAGCGUGCAAGCAGGCAUCUUCAAAAAAUGAUAUUUCCAAAGUUUGCAGAAAAGAAUAUGAGAAUGCUCUUUUCAAUUGCAUUAGCAGAAAUGAAAUGGGCUCACUGUGCUGCAGCUAUGCCGGCCAUCACACCAACUGCCACGAGUACUGCCAGGCCAUCUUCCGAACAGACUCCUCUCCUGGGCCAUCUCAGAUCAAAGCAGUGGAGAAUUACUGUGCCUCAAUUAGCCCACAGCUUAUACACUGUGUGAACAAUUACACCCAAUCGUACCCAGUGAGGAAUCCAACAGACAGCUUAUAUUGCUGUGACAGAGCUGAAGACCAUGCCUGCCAAAAUGCCUGCAAGCGAAUUCUGAUGUCUAAAAAAACAGAAAUGGAGAUUGUUGAUGGCCUCAUUGAGGGCUGUAAGAACCAGCCCUUACCUCAGGACCCUCUUUGGCAGUGCUUCCUUGAAACCUCACAUUCUGUUCACCCUGGAAUUACCUUACACCCACCUCCCUCCACUGGGCUUGAUGGAGCUAAAUUGCAUUGUUGUUCUAAAGCAAACACUUCAACUUGUAGGGAACUGUGCACUAAACUGUAUAGCAUGAGCUGGGGCAGUACCCAGAGUUGGCAGGAGUUUGAUCGCUUUUGUGAAUUUAAUCCUGUGGAAGUGUCCAUGCUGACCUGUUUAGCUGAUGUUCGAGAACCUUGCCAAUUGGGCUGUAGAAACCUUACUUACUGUACUAAUUUUAACAACAGGCCAACAGAGCUUUUCAGGAGUUGCAAUGCCCAGUCAGACCAAGGAGCCAUGAAUGACAUGAAGCUGUGGGGGAAAGGAAGCAUCAAGAUGCCAUUUAUCAGCAUACCGGUUCUUGACAUUAAAAAAUGCCAGCCAGAAAUGUGGAAAGCAAUAGCUUGUUCUCUGCAGAUCAAACCUUGCCAUAGUAAAUCUCGAGGAAAUAUUAUUUGCAAAUCAGAUUGUGUAGAGAUUCUCAAGAAAUGUGGGGAUCAAAACAAAUUUCCUGAAGACCACACAGCAGAAAGUAUUUGUGAGCUUCUGUCACCCACAGAUGACCUGGAGAGCUGUAUACCUUUGGAAACAUACCUCAGACCAAGUAACUUAGGUAACAUUGUCGAAGAGGUGACUCACCCCUGUAAUCCAAACCCUUGCCCUGCUAAUGAGCUCUGUGAGGUGAACCGGAAAGGGUGCCCCACCGGGGAUCUCUGCCUUCCCUACUCCUGUGUUCAAGGUUGCAAAUUGGGAGAAGCUUCUGAUUUCAUCGUCCGUCAAGGAACACUCAUCCAAGUGCCCUCAUCUUCAGGGGAAGUUGGCUGUUACAAAAUUUGCUCAUGUGGACAAAGUGGACUUUUAGAAAAUUGUAUGGAGAUGCACUGCAUUGAUCUCCAGAAGUCUUGUAUUGUUGGGGGCAAAAGAAAAAGCCACGGAGCAUCCUUCAGUAUCGACUGCAAUGUCUGCUCUUGUUUCGCUGGCAAUGUGGUGUGUUCUACCCGCCUAUGCUUGAGUGAGCACAGCUCAGAAGAUGACCAGAGGACCUUCACAGGCCUGCCGUGUAACUGUGCGGAUCAAUUUGUGCCCGUGUGUGGGCAGAACGGGCGCACCUAUCCCAGUGCCUGCAUCGCUCGCUGUGUGGGCCUCCAGGACCAUCAGUUUGAAUUUGGCUCGUGUAUCUCAAAGGAUCCAUGUAAUCCUAACCCCUGCCCCAAAAACCAAAGAUGCAUACCCAAACCACAGGUCUGCCUGACAACUUUCGAGAAGUUUGGGUGUAGCCAAUAUGAAUGUUUGCCAAGGCAGCUCACCUGCGAUCAGGACCGAGAUCCUGUGUGUGACACAAACCACAUGGAACAUAACAACCUCUGCACUUUGUACCAGAGAGGGAAAAGUCUCCUCUACAAAGGUCCCUGCCAGUCCUUCUGCAGAGACACAGAGCCCGUCUGCGGGCACAAUGGGGAGACCUACACUAGUGUUUGUGCUGCCUACUCAGACCGGGUGGCGGUCGACUACUACGGGCCAUGCCAGGCCGUGGGGGUCCUGUCUGAGCACAGCUCUGUGGCUGAGUGUGCCGCUGUCAAGUGCCCUUCGCUCUCAGCAGCCGACUGCAAGCCUGUCAUCCCACCAGGUGCCUGUUGCCCAUUGUGUGCUGGUAUGUUGCGAGUUUUAUUUGACAGAGAAAAACUGGAUACUAUUGCUAAGGUAACAAACAAAAAUCCAAUAACCAUCCUAGAAAUACUCCAGAAAAUCCGCAUGCACGUGUCUGUUCCACAAUGUGAUGUAUUUGGCUAUUUUAGCAUUGAGUCUGAGAUCGUGAUCCUAAUCAUUCCUGUCGAUCAUCACCCGAAAGCUUUGCAGAUUGAGGCCUGCAAUAAAGAAGCUGAGAAGAUCGAAUCCCUCAUCAACUCUGACAGCCCCACUCUGACCUCCCACGUCCCUCUGUCUGCCCUCAUCAUUUCCCAGGUCCAGGUAUCCAGCAGUAUUCCCUCAGUGGGUGCCAGGAUCAACCCCCAUUGCUGCUCCCUCCCUUUCCUCCUCAGCCUGGGUUUCACCUGGCUCUUGCUCUGGACACAAAGCUGAGGACCAGCAAAAAAAAAAAGUGGAGUCUUCAAUCUGCUUUUAUUCUACCUUGUGAGAACUCCAGGACUGCUGAUUUGCUGUUGAAUAGAGGCCAAAUACCAGUACUUGUCACCUCUGUUUACCACACACUAUUGUGUCACUGCCAAGUUUAAUAGGAUCUGGUUUGCCUUACGCACAUGUUAAAAUGCACCCUUCAGAAUAUUGAUGGAAAGAGAAUGAUGACUUCUCCCCAUAGAGCCCGGCCUUUACAAUUCAUAUUUUGCUCAUUUAUGGGCCCUCCACUUUCAGAAAAAUUCACUGUCAUUGAUGCAGGAAAGGAUCACUUUUUAGAAAAGUAACUCACUUCAUAACCCAGAAACUUCAUUUCAAAGCUACUUCAAAGUAUGAAGGUGCCC